AAUCCCAAGCAGUUACAUUGGAGAGAUCUCAGCCAAUGCUAACAGUGAACAGAGACAUCUGAUCUCGUGUGUAUAAAAACAUUUAGCAAGAAAGUUUAAGAGAAAAAUGAAUACAUGUUCAUUUCAGUCUCUGGAGAAGAUUGAAGUCAUUGUCUGGGAUUAGAAGUUGGCACUAAAAGGAAGGAGGAAGGCAUUGUUUACUCUUGUACCACUGCAGUUUCCUCUGCCAUACUGGUGAUGGGGCUUGAAUCUGGGGAACAAGAAUUAAGCCCUGAAUCCUUCGAACGCUUAGAUCCAGUGGAAGUUCAUGGGAUCCCCUUUCACAAGGGCACAGCAAGAAGAUGGCGCCUCAUAUCGGAAUUUAAAGCUCGUCCUGAUGACCUUGUCAUCUGCUCUUAUCCUAAGUCAGGAACCACUUGGAUACAAGAAAUUGUGGACAUGAUCCAGCAUGGAGGGGACCCCCAGAAAUGUGAGAAGGCCCCCAUCUACAAACGGAUGCCCUUCCUUGAGAUGCCUCAUCCUGUUGUAUCACCCUUGGAAGAGCUAGAGGCCAUGACUUCUCCGCGAACAAUCAAAACCCACUUACCUGUCCAGCUCUUGCCGCCAUCCUUUUGGGAACAGAACUGCAAGAUUAUCUAUAUGGCCAGGAAUCCUAAAGACAAUGUCCUUUCCUAUUUCCACUUCCACCGCAUGAAUCAAACAUAUCCAGACCCAGUAACUUGGAAUCAGUUUCUGGAGAAUUUCCUUGCAGGAAAAGUGCUAUGGGGCUCUUGGUUUGACCACGUUCGCGGUUGGUGGGAGGCUAAGGAUCAUCAUCCAAUUCUCUACCUUUUUUAUGAAGACAUGAAAGAAGACCCAGGCCGAGAAAUCCAAAAGGUAGCCCAGUUCCUUGACUUUGAACUCCCUGAACUGGUUCUGAACAAAAUAAUACAGCACACAACAUUUGAGAGUAUGAAAGCAAAUCCAAUGACUAAUUAUAGCACUCUGCCUUCUUUUAUUUUGGAUCAAACAGUGUCAUCCUUCAUGAGAAAAGGCAUGGUUGGAGACUGGAAAUCAAACUUCACAGUGGCACAAAGUGAAAAGUUGGAUGGUAUCUGUGAUCAGUUAUUGAGGAACAGUGGUCUGACUUUCCGCACACAGCUAUAAGCACCUUUCAAUCCAUGGCAGAGAAUGUAAUGAUUAAAAAAUCCUGGAUCCCUGUUUUUUUAAAUCAAAUAAACUAUGAAGCCACA